AAGAGCACACAACACUGCUUCUUGAAAACUCGUUUCUCGGGCCAUCCGUUCACGAAUACCAAGGAAACUCAUUCCUUUUCCUGUUUUACCCUUCUUAUUGUUUUCUUAUAAUUUAAUUUAUUAUAUUAUUUGUUUAUUAUUUAAUUAUUAUUAUUAUUAUAUUAUAUUGUAUCUGGGUUUUGUAGAAGUGUUCCUUUGCGUUCUAUUCUGUGUCUGUUGGAAGGAAGGAGGGGAAGGAAAGAGAGUCCAAAAAGCCGCGAAUUUUUAUGGAUGCUUCGAUCUAUACCUUCUUCAGUCUCAAAGCAAAUCUCCUAGAAACAACCCCAUUUCUUUGGGAUUGGUUGUGUUGAAGGAAAUUAUAUUUUACCACAUUGCCUUGGGCUUAAACGUUGGUUCCUUGAGGUGGGAUUUCAUGGGUUGAACUGAAAGAAUAAUGGGUAGCUUGAGUGAAGAAGAAUUUCGGUUUUUUGAUGCAAGUGAAGACAUUGCAUCAGUUUCUGAUGGAAAAUCCGACAUUCUUGAGACAUUUGAUUCCCAUUCUAGUGCUGAUAAUUCAAUUCCAAAUAGUCCUCAUUAUGAAAUAUGGAGGAAGAGCCCCUUAAGUGUUGAGGAGCGGCGGUGUAAGUUCUUAAAUUGGAUGGGGAUAGAAUUAGAUCAAAGUGCAAAUGAGAGUUCAUUUGCAGUAUGUAAUAUGGAAGGAGAGAUGUAUAGGAUUAGAGGGAGCAGUGGGGCUGUGUUGAGAAAAUCAAUUUUUGGGGAUGAGUUUUGUUCAACUCGGUCUACAAUGUCAUGUUGGUCUUGUGAUAACUCCAAUUUACUUGGGGAAUUGGGUUCAAAGGCGAAUUUUAUAUGUAGGGAAGGGACUUCUGGUGGUGUAAUGGUGUGUAAUGAUGAAGUGAGCUUGGAAAACUCUGUAACAGCUGAUGAAUCUGAAAACACUUCUGCACCAUCUCCCUCAUUCAAACAACUUUUAAUGAAGGAAACUGAGGAACCAAGUACUUUGAUGGGUACCCCGAAAAGGGCGAAGAACUGGUGGAUGAGUAGAUUGCGCUCCAUAGCUUGUGUUGUGGAUAAGCAACGAGAAGCUGAAAAACUGAGUCAUGAUGGUGAUGACAAACUAUUGGAGUACAGGGUACAGAGAGUAAAGGUUCGACAAUGUGGGAAGCGGACAAAGGAGCUUUCAGCUCUUUAUAAAGGGCAAGAUAUCCAGGCCCAUGAGGGUUCUAUUCGGACAAUGAAAUUCAGUCCUGACGGGCAGUACCUUGCAAGUGCUGGAGAAGAUAGAAUUGUGAGAGUGUGGCACGUGCUGGAAGAUGUGAGAUCAAAUGAACUUGACAUUCCAGAAAUAGAUCCAUCCUGCAUAUACUUCACUGUCAAUCAAUUAUCCGAGUUGAAACCCCUUUUUAUUGAUAAAGAGAAAACAGGUAAAUUGAGGAGCCUGCAAAAAACAUCGGAUUCUGCUUGUGUCAUUUUUCCUCCAAACAUUUUCCGGAUAUUGGAGAAACCACUGCAUGAAUUUCAUGGGCACAGUGGAGAGAUCUUGGAUCUCUCCUGGUCAAAGGAUCAUCAUUUACUGUCAGCUUCAGAGGAUAAAUCUGUUCGUCUAUGGCAUGUAGGAAGUGACCAUUGCCUUCGAGUCUUUUCCCACAGUAAUUACGUCACAUGUGUUCAGUUUAACCCUGUGGACAACAAUUAUUUCAUUAGUGGUUCCAUAGAUGGAAAAGUUCGCAUUUGGGGACUUCCUAGUUGCCAAGUUGUUGAUUGGACUGAUAUAAAAGAAAUAGUUACUGCAGUUUGUUAUCAUCCAAAUGGACAGGGAGUGAUUGUGGGUUCCAUAGGAGGCAAUUGUCGAUUUUUUAAUAUGUCAGAGAGUCACUUGCAACUCGACGCUCAGAUAUGUUUGUUCAGUAAAAAGAAGUCGCCUUGCAAAAGGAUAACUGGCUUCCAGUUCUUCCCACGAGACUCGACCAAAGUAAUGGUGACUUGUGCUGAUUCACAAAUUAGAAUUCUGAAAGGUCUUAACGUGAUUGGCAAAUACAGGGGUCUGAAAAAUGCAGCAAGCCAGAUAUCUGCAUGUUUUACUUCAGAUGGAAAGCAUAUUAUCUCAGCUUGUGAGGAUUCCAGUGUAUAUAUGUGGAAUUACAUCAAUCAGGAAGAACAUUUUCCUGCCCAAGCGAAAAAGAUAAGGUCUUGUGAGCGUUUCUCCACAAAUGCAUCAAUUGCAAUACCUUGGUGUGGCUUUCAACAUGCAAACCCAGAAAAUGGUGGAGGAUUUCACUUUUUAAAUGAUAAUUCAUCAGAAACUAUGCCAUUUUCUUCACCAGCUGGUUUUUCUCUGAGCCAAGGGUAUUUUCUAGAAUCCUUUCCCAAGGGUUCUGCAACUUGGCCAGAGGAAAAGCUUCCUUUGUCAAGCCAAUUGUCCCCAUCAUCAGCAAUGCACAAAUCCCAGUACAAGUUUCUGAAAGCUUCAUGUCAAAGUACAUCCAUUUCUCAUGGAUGGGAUUUAGUCAUAGUGACUGCAGGACGGGAUGGACGAAUCAGAUCAUUCCACAAUUAUGGAUUGCCGGUAUCUGUCUGAGAUUUUAGUGGUUUGGCAGUGCUUCGGAUAAUCAGAACGCGUCCCUUUGUUUGGGUUGUAUAGUAUGAGUAUCCCUUCCAUGGGUACGCUGCAAAUCUGUUGUUGUAUGAGCUAUCAAGUGUUAUUAGUUUUGCAGCAUGAACAGUUGCAGCAAGUCAGAUUAGCAUGAUUAUGCAGUAUUACAGUGUAGGUGGAUGUUUGAGAAUAUGAACUGGGCCCUUCUCAGAUAUCAGAGGUGCACUGGAACGGAAGAAUAUAAUGACACGUAGCAGCACUUCUAUGGUUGCUAUGUAUCCAGCAUGGGAUGAGCAAGUGGCUGAGGUUAACUUAUUUGGAUAUCCAGUUUAAUUUUACAAUUUGUUGAUUUUUUUUGUCUGGCAGUCCCAAAAGGGAAAUGCAAGUCAUGUGUUGGGAGAGACCGAUUAAAGAUGCUCUCUCUUUAUAAUGGAGGUGGCCGUGGGACCUUAGUAAAACUGAUUUCUUUGGCUAGCUAAAAUGGAAGAACGGAAUCAAGAUCGGGUGGUUCAAGUUAAUUUGGGGAAAGAAAUGGUGGGGAACUUUGCCAUUGUAGCAUGUUGGCUGAUCUGAAUGAUUGAAUUGUUUGUCUGCCAUUUUAGACCUCAUGGGUAGGGUCAAAAUUUUCAAGUCCUGUUCCACUGAAUGUCAUGUUUGAUUUGCCUAUUACUCUUUAACAUCUGCAAGCCAUCGCCAUUUUUAUUUUGGUGCACACAUUUCCAUUCUAAAGCUUGAAUCUCAUGAAUGCUGGCAGGCAGUCAACUAUUGUCCCGAAUCCCUUUGUGUUGCUAACAUAAUUUUGUACAUGUACUGUUAAAAUUUAUUCUAACCUCAGCUGGAUUUGCUAUA